UGAAGGCAGCGCGGCGGACUGGAGGGGGAAGAGUUGUCACUGUGUCUCCAGCUCGUCUCCAGCAGCCAUGGCCGGGAUUAAAGCUCUCAUCAGUCUGUCCUUCGGAGGGGCCAUUGGUCUCAUGUUCCUCAUGCUUGGAUGUGCCCUCCCUGUAUACGAUAAAUACUGGCCUCUGUUCCUUCUCUUCUUCUACAUCCUCUCUCCGAUCCCGUACUGCAUCUCGCGGCGGGUGAUUGACGACACAGACUCGGCCAGUAACGCCUGCAAAGAGCUGGCCAUCUUCCUCACGACGGGCAUCGUCAUCUCAGCCUUCGGCCUGCCCGUCGUCUUCGCUAGAGCUGAAGUUAUCGCCUGGGGGGCGUGUGCGCUUGUGCUAACGGGUAACAUGGUCAUCUUCGGCACCAUCCUGGGCUUCUUCCUCGUCUUCGGAUCCAACGACGACUUCAGCUGGCAGCAGUGGUAAAGCAGCAGCAGAGGGAGGGGAACGGGGGGGCGUGGGAGGGACCUUAGUCUGAACUGUUUUUAUUAGCGUUAUUAUUAUUAUUAUUAUGGUAUUACUGUUUGGUUAUCGUUGGUGUUAUUUAUAUGAUGACCACCACCCAUCAAUAGACCAAACCAGUGCAAUACGCUGUUUUUCUUUUCUUGUCUUUACUGCCUGCAUCAUGUUGAACUGACAUUAUAGUGGGAUGGAAAACUGACUCCGAUUUUGAAUCCUUCCACAUUUUGCUCUCUGACUUCUGCGUUUGUGAGUUUUUCUCCAUCUGUGCUUCAGCUUUUUUCGUUUUUGAGCAACGUUGAACAAAAUUACGUUAUCUGUGAGACUAAGAACAAAUAGAACGUCUAGGACACUAAAAUAUGAUUUCACCAAAAGGACAGGGUCAUUUUCUGACUUCUACUUUGUCCCGAUUAGUUGAUUCGCUGAAAAUGCUGUGAAUAAGCUUUUUUUUUGUUCCAUAUAGAGAAGCAUGAGUUUCCACUGCGUUGAGAGUGCGUCCACACAACCACACCUGAACUCUGCUGCAGGUGAUCCUGCUGUCCUCAAUACUCCGGAGUUCUAGAGCCAACUCAUCAUGGCUGUUUUAUUAUUUGACCUGAAUCUAUAAGAAUGAAAAUCUGUCUUUUAUUUUCACUCACAACCUUCGGACCUUUUUAAAAUGUAAAUUUAAAAUGUGAUCGUUAUCUCUGUGUCUCCUGACAUGAAACAAGGAGGCGGUGGUUUGUUUCCUCUCAGAGAAGAGAAGAGGAUUAUAUUCAAACAGGCCACUGCAGAGAUCAAAUUCAACUGACUCUGUGAUUUCCCCGGUGCCGACCAGAUGCAGGCUGCUUAUUCAUCCGAGUUGUUUUGCAUCUGAUAGCGCUCACUUCCCCAAACGCCUGAGUUAGCCUCACAGGGUCAGGUCAAGAGAGCACGAACAAGCCAGUAGUAGCUUCCAGCUAGCGUAGGAUAAGCUGGAGGGCAGCAGCCAGGCAGCGGUAAGACCUGGGUUACUUAUAGAGACGGCCCGGUCAGCCGCUAACAGCCCCUAAGCUUUUAAAUGUGACUCCCCUGACUGGACUCCUUCAAAAUAAAAGAAUCCAGACGCUAUGUUCAUGAUUGAUUUAAAACAUUCGGUCCAGAUUCUGAGUUAAUUCCAUUGAUUUUUUUUCCUCACACCAGCAUUUCCCCCCUGGAUUAGAACACAAGUUACGUUUCAAUUAUUUCUUUUUUAAGUUUUUUAUUUUAUUUCCUCGUCCUGUGUGAAGGAAAUGUGUACGUCGGUUUGUUAAAUCUGUUCUGGGAUCAGGUCGGUGUCGUUAUGUUUAAUUUAAUUAGCGCCGGCUAAACACGGAUUUAAGCAUCUGCUGCCUCGUCUGAGCACCGAGCGUCGAACAUGUUAGACUUUUAUUUACUGUUGUUUGGAAACGUGUUCUCUGGAAGAUUAAGAGUUAGCAUUUCUUAUUUUUUUCAUAUUUUGUCCAUUUCAAGAAGUUUUGUCACCUUGGGCGGCAAUUAAUUAAUUAAUUUGUAGAUAUAUUUUUUUCAAUCAGUUGAUUUAUAAAUUGGUCCAUAAAACAUCUACUUUCACACCACAGAACACAAGGUGAUGUCAAAUCUUUAAUUCAUUCUAGACAAAGAAAAUCAGUAAAUUCUUACAGUUCAGAAAUUGGAGAAAUCAAUUUGGUUGCUUGAUAAAUGUCAAAUGAUGAAUCGAUCACCAAGACAGUUGCUCCAUAAAGUGAUAUUAAUCGUUGCAGCUCUAAAUUAUAUUUUUGUAGCUGGGUUUCCACACAGCAGAUUUCCAAUGGAAGUUUUGUAUUGUGUUGAAGACGCUCAUAGUUUUCACUGAUUCUUUCCCACAGUUACUGUUACGUCUCAAAUGUUUAAAACCCCUUUCUAUGAUUUUACAAGCACUCAUUCAUUUUGACAAAACUUGCUUUAAAGGUGUCGUUGAAAAUCAGGGUAAAUACAGGAUGUUUAUCACUUUGAGGCUGAGGAGGAGACGUCAGUGCUCGUGGGAGCCGGGAGGAGAUUAAAAACUAAAAACUCUCAAACUUAAAUCCCUUAAGUUCACAUGUGUUAACUUGUCUGUUAAAUUCACACAGGAAUUUAAAUUUUAAAACUGAAAGUGUGGUUUUAGAGUAAACCAUUUAUUUAUCUAGAAGUUGUUUGAGUACAAUUACCAACGAGCCACAACAAUAAAAAUCUGUUUUAUAUAUUGUGGUUAUAAAGUGUAUUUAACUUUUACUACAACAUAACUUACUAACAAAGUAAGUUUCAUGUCACUCAGCAUUAAAAAGAUUUGACAUUCUGCCUCUGUCCUAUUUUAUCAAGAGGAACAAAAACCAAAUUUGUUAAAACGUUUUUAAACUUUAACGUUUCAGUUGGUAAAUUAAACUCUUUCUGAGGAAAGAAUGAUUUGGAACCCAGGACUCACACUGUGACCUGACGGCUGCUUCUCAGCACGAUGACCCGGCGCUCACCGUCCACGCCGUGUGGAAACACUUCCUGUGUGGCACCUGAUUCUUCCAGAGAUCACAACCUCAGUGAAGGCAUUGAUUGUAUUAAAAUGGCGGGUUUUAUGAUUUAUGUCGAAAAACAACCAUUAUUUAAAUGUUGAAAACUACUGACAUGAUUUGUGCAUGUUUAUUAUUAUUUAUGUGACACCACUUUGAAUCUAAAAGAAAAAGCUCUUAACAGUAGGUUGACCCCCUGGUGGUCGGUGAGCCCGUCUGUGAGAAGGGGGACUCCAUGUUGUUUCCUGAGGCAUGAACGACCGUAUGAAUUUAAAGCUUCGUUCUCUGACUUCCUGUUUCGUUUCUGAAUUCUCUCCCUGAUGUGAGUUCCUCUCUGUGUUUCUGUUCUGAGCACAGAUUUGUUUUUCUCACACAUUCGGGAGGAUGCUGUAUUUAUUUAUUUGAACGGAUGAUUUGCCAUUUUCUAUUUACAACUUUUGUGUUAAUGAAGCAGAAGUCAACGGGUUGCUUUUUCCUUUUUUUCUUUUCUCUUCUUUUUUAAAUAAACGCCAUUACUGAA